GUUGGGGAGCUGCCAUGGGGCGCGUCGUUGAAAGUUUCGCAUCAUGCUCGUGGUGCUUCUUCACUUGCUGCUCGCGUCGUUGUCGCUGCUCCUUCUUCUCGCCGUCGCGCCGACUUGGUGGUUUCGACGAUGGUCCGAUGUGACGUCGCGAUGGCGCCUACGUCCUAUCGGCCAUGCGACCCUCCUUGCAACUGAUGCCGACCACGCGCCGAUCAUGACUAUCAUCAUGGUCGUCCAGGGGGUAUGGCUCCUCGAGUCGUUGGCGGGUUUGAUGUGCCAGCGUAUGGCCGCGGAUCCAACGUUCUUCCGCCGGUUUUGCUCUCGCGUGGCGGUCGACACGAAUGAUUUCGAACUGGUGCCGGGAUUCAACCCGGCAUCACAUAUCCACGAUGUACCCCUUGAACACCGCCACAAGACUCCACUCGAGUUUGCCGAGCUCAUGGCCACGCAAGUGCUCACCCUCGAUCAACCGCUGUGGGCGUGCCACGUUUUACCAGUGCGCGACAACCGCACGUUCGUCGUAUGGCGCAUCCAUCACGCGCUAGCCGAUGGCGCGUCGGUGCAUGCCUUUUUCGCGCGGCUUAGUGACAACCCUCCCGUGGCUGUUGUGCCACCCGCUGCAUCGCAUACGGUGCCGUCCAAGUGGAAAACUUUGGGACAGCAUGCCCAUCUCGUUAUCAAGUCGUUGUGGCUCUAUGGGAAGAAAGCAACACGGGUGCUGCUACAGCCCGAGCCACGAACGCGGUUGAAUCAAGCUGGUGGUCGAGCGAAGAGGAUGUUUUACACAACUGGAUACAGCGUGAAAACGACCAAGGCGAUGGCAAAGCACCUCGGCGUCCACGUGACAGUGAACGAUGUAUUCUUGUCAUGCAUCACGGGAGCGCUGCGGGCGAUGCUGAUGGAGGAAGCGUCCACUGAUCGGGACGCUAUGCCGUCGGGCUUGACAGAUCCGACCUGCGUGGUGCGAGCAGGCAUCUCGGUGGAUCUGCGGCAACCGGGCGAUGUGCCGACGAUGGCUGAACCAGACAAUCGCUUUAGCUGUUUGCUGGUGGCCUUGCCGCUGGGUGAAGCAUGCCCUGUCCGCCGCCUUCAUCUGAUCGUGCAAGCAAUGGACGAAGCCAAAAACAGUUUGGAGCGAUACAUCACGUUUGCACUCAGCACGAUGGUGGCCCAGUUUCCGCCACGGGUGCUGGCCAAGGUUGUGGCGUUCUUGACGUCGCACUCGUCAGUCGCGAUUUCAAACGUUCGAGGGCCGCGCCAUGUCUUGUAUUUUGAUGGCCAUCCAUUGGAAUCCCUCCACGGCUACGUUCCACCUCCGCCAUGUGUGAACAUGGGUAUUGCCAUCUACAGCAUGGCCGACGCGUUGGGCGUCAGCGUCCAAGUGAAUGCGAGCGUGUUCCAGCACCCUGACAAGUUCUUGGUGCAUGUGCAGCGCGAGUACGACGAGUUGCAACGUUGUGCGGCCAAGUACACACCAACGCAAAUACGACGGAGCGAGUGCGCUGGCCCAACAGAGGAAGCCGAAGGUGGAUGGGGCUUCCACGUAGCCUCGAUAUCUUGA